AUGUCGGCUUCCAACGGUCAUAGUUAUUCCUCCGGUUCUGACAAAGAUCCCAAAGCUCCCAUAGCUAAGCCGAGAGCCAAGGUAAUUCGCGAUGAGGGAGCAAAUCCCAUCGUGCCCUCGAAUGAGCGUAGAGUUACUUUCGUCGAACUCAUGAAAAGAAAAUCUGAAGACGAUGAGAAAGAUGCUCGUCAGCGCACAAAGGAUCGAAUCCGGCACAAAAUACAGAGAGUUGAGGGAAAACGCCAAUUCUUGGACGGGGUACCCUCUGAUUCUGAUGCUGAUGCUACUGAAGAAGAAACUGCCUGGGGUUUGUCUGAUCAGUGUGCCAAAGAAUUCGAAAGUCCCAUGAACAUUGCAGCUAAAGAGAAAGAAGAUCCAGAUUCAGAUGAUGAUUUUCAUGCUCAUACAGACGUCACCAAUAGUCAUGACAGUGAUUCCGAAGAAGAGGAUUCUGAGAAGGAUAGUGAUGAAAACUCUGAGAAAGACAGUGAUGACGAAUCUGACAACUCAGAUGGAUCUGACGAGUAG